AUGGAUCCAAACACCACAGCAGAGUGGUGCAAAGAACAAAAUGGCCAAUUAGGGCUGAGUAUAGUAAUGGACAUUCCUGCUGACAAAUGGACAGAGGAACAGAUCCGUCAAGCAGUAACUACACUAGCACCUGACCAGAAAGUGUUUGUAAUAGACACGAAAAUAGAUCAAAAAGUCUCCCAUACCUAUGCCCUACUAGAAUGGAAGAAAGGAGUCCCAACCUGCUUCCAGGGUGAUAGCAUCCAGCUAGCCGGAGAAGUUAAAGCACGGUUAUUCCCUCUACUCACCUCAGCAAGUUGUCUGGAGGGACCAAGCCAGACCAUGUCAGACACAGUGGAAGUAACUACCACUUCUGUACCAACCACUAACUACCCCCCAGCUUCCUUCUUCAUGGACAUAGGAAAACUGGUAGAGAGCAUUAGAAAAAUGUCCUCGCCAUCUGUGAACUAUGGCUACAGGAAGUUGAGAAUUUCUUCUGGAGUGCAGCCUGUACCUCCUGGAGAAGAAGAGUAUGAAACCUGGAUGGAACAGGCUAUGCAAGCACUGGAAGAAUGGGAUGUUCCAGAGGCUCAAAAGAAACAACGCAUUACUGAAAGUCUGAAAGGCGUUGCAGCAGAAGCCAUCCGAAAUUUUAAAUUCAGUCAGGAGUCUUGUACAGCAUAUGACUAUCUUCGCAUGCUACAAGAUGAGUUUGGGCGCACAGAGAAAGCUACAGAUCUAAUCUUCCUAUUUGAACACAUGUUUCAACGGGAAACUGAGCAGCUUUCCGAGUAUAUUCGACGACUAAACAAAAUGCUAUACCAGAUUGUACUAAAGAAAGGAAUAGAAGCCAGGGAUAUGGAUCAAGUUAGAAUGAAACAGAUCCUGAGAGGCGCUCUGAGUUCCGAUCCUAUCUGGAUCCAGUUGAAGACCUUACAAGGGGGUACCUCUUUGCGAUACUCUGAUCUCAUUAAGAUGGUAAGGGAGGAAGAGGCUAUCCUAGAGGAGAAAAAGAAGGGCUCAGGAUUUACAGUUUCCUGCUGA